CUUGGGAGAAAUUUUGAUUAAUUAGGCCCUAUUGUGGGCUUUGCCUGCAGACUUCAGGAUACAAGUUAGCAGUUCAGAGAUAGUGGAGUUUCCCCAAGGCUAUGGACAGCCAAUCCGGGACUACCGUAGCUGAAAUGCGAAAGAGGCAGCAGUCACAAAAUGAGGGAACACCUGCCGUGUCUCAAGCACCUGGAAACCAGAGGCCCAACAACACGUGUUGCUUUUGUUGGUGCUGUUGUUGCAGCUGCUCCUGCCUCACUGUUAGGAACGAAGAGAGAGCAGAAACUGCAGAAAGACCCACGCUUACCACCAAAAUGGAGAGUAUCCAGGUCCUAGAGGAAGGAAAUAAACGACCUUCUUUCUUUAUCACUAAUCUAACGUUUCUUUCUCCAUUGCAACAAAAAGUUCUCAAGUUUGAAAGUAAAAGCGCCUUUUAUAAAAACAGUGGAGCGCACUCGGUCAGUCUUGACUCUCGAGUUAGAGAGGUGAUCAAUAGAAAUCUGUUGGAUCCCAAUCCUCACAUGUAUGAAGAUGCCCAACUUCAGAUAUAUACCUUAAUGCACAGAGAUUCUUUUCCAAGGUUUUUGAACUCUCAAAUAUAUAAGUCAUUUGUUGAAAGUACUGCCAGUUCUACUUCUGAAUCUUAAUUUUCACUUAAAGAAAUCAUUUUGGAGGGCUGGGAUGGGAAAUAAAAGUUGUCAUAUAACAUCAGACACGGAGUUCCUGGAGAACUACAGUUUAGCAUUCCUCAGGCUACUGUGAAAAUAAAACCAUAUGGUCUUUGUCUCCAUUUUUAUCAAGGUUAUCCAUGGUUAACUUUGGAGAAAAUACCACAUAAAACAAUGAAUUGCCAAAUUAAGUUUGUUUUACUCAACACUCAUUCUACUUGCAAGCAAACUGUAUUUGUAGUCCUAUGAACAGUCUCCUAGUGUAUUUCCAGAGACUGCAUGUGCAAAGUCAAACUGCUUCAUUUGCCAUGUAGUUGUUGUAAUAUUUAAUCCAAUGACAUAACUUAUAUCUGUAUUUAAGGACUUUUGUGCAAUAUGGUCUUACAGAAAUAAUUGCCAAAAAGUUGGCUGUAGUUUGCGUUUUUAAAUAUAAUCUAAGACAGACAAAGCCAAUUUUUAAAUUGUAAACAAUAGUAUUCAACAUGCUAUAUACUGUGUUCAGUACACUCAUUUUGAAGCCAAUAUAUCUGUACAUGAAAAAAGAGCUAUUUAUCUCUGUUUGUUGGGAAAUCCCAAUGGGGGAUUCCUCUGGUUGUUCACUGCCAAAACUGUGGCAUUUUUAUUACAGAAGCAUUUAUUGUGUAAAAAAUAAUAAGAUGAAAAGAGAAAAAAAGCACAAAAUAAUUUGAAGAUCUUCUAUCUCAAUGACAAAUCAAAGAAUGAUAUUGUUUUUAAUUGUAACAGAAGAAAAUGAAUCUAUGUAUAUAUCACAUGUCCAAUACUGUAAUUAAUUUAUUAAAGGCUGGCUCUCCAGUUCUCAAACAGUUGUGUAAUGUAUGUACUUUAGCAAGAAAAAAUGAUAAGCUUGAUAACUUAGUUUUGAAAUAUAAGGAAAGGAUCUAAUAAAGGAAUGCCUACAUGUAGCAUCAUAAAAAAUGUUGAUGAAAAA